AUGCCUUUUAUUUAUUUAUUUAAACCCGCAGCUGAAGAGAACAUACAUCAGCACAAAGAGAAGAACGUUAUUUUAAUUGUUGGUCGUUCUGGGAAUGGAAAGAGAUCUAUUGGAAAUUCUCUUCUAGGAGAGCCACCAUUUUUUGAGACAGGUACUUACGAACAAACAUUAGAUCUUGUCUAUAAGGACAGUGAUAAAUUAAGAGUUAUAGUGUGUCCUUUUAUCGGAGACACUGGAGAUGACAUAGACGCCAACCUUCAGGAAAUCUGCGAUGCGACUAGGAAACUUAAAAAUAUCGUCGGCGACAGAGACAUCGAUGCAAUACUCUUCGUUCUGAAAUACGGAGUUCGAUUUACCAAGCAAGAAAAAGACGCAGUGCAACGAGUUAAAGACGUAUUUGGGCCAGAUGUCUUUAAACAUCAUAUAAUUAUUGCAUUUUCAUACGGUGAUUUGUUUGAACAAGAUAGCCUAAACAAAUCUGCAAUGUUUUUUGAAUGGUGUCAGCAACAAACUGGUGAUAUAAGAGACAUUUUCGUAGAAAACAAAUAUAGAUGCAUUUUAUUUAAUAACAAAGAUAACUAUCAAAAUCUCAAAUCAAAGCUAAACUCUUUGUUCGAAUAUAUUAGCAACGAAGAAACUGCAACACUACAUAAAAAUUCUCAAGAAAAUAUCAACCUUGAUAUUUCUGAUAAAAGCGAACCUACAGUAAAUGCUGACAGAAAAAGUGAUGAACCUGCCAUGACUAAUGAACAGACAGUUACAAAAUACGAUCUUAACAAUAUUUCUAACUACAUGAAAAAAGUAAAAGCAGAAAUUAACGAAAAUACAGAAACAGCGGUUUCUACUGGUAUUUUUGAUGAUGCCAAAAACAAAGCUAAAAAUGCUUUUAAAAAAAGUGGCAAAUAUGUUUGUGGUAAAGGAAGAGUUGUACUAAAUAAGAUCAAAAACGCAUUAAAAAAUUCAAAUAGCGAAAUUGAAAGUACUCCAGGUGGUUCACAAAAUUUGAAUGGAACUGAAAACAAAUCAUCUGAGGAUGGUGAAGCUGUUUAA